GUAUUAACUCCAUUAAAAGAAAGAAGAAGAAGAAGAGUGGAACUUUAACAAUAAAUAAGAGACGGCUGACACUGACAAUCCAGAUACCUCCUCCACAUAACGACGACAAGUUCAUGGCAAAAAAUACACGCCAAGCUUACUCGUAUAUACACAGUUUCGAAUUGGUUUUCUUGCUCUACUUGUAAUACCCGUCAUAGACUGGUCAGUCUCUCGCAGGUUCACUUCCUUGAUUUUUCUGCUUUGUUGAAUGUUAAUAUUACCUUUCACUCUUAUGUGUAUUAGUACUCUUGUUAGUGUAUUUUGAUCGAUAAUCCUUGAAUUCUCAGUUUCUCUGUCAAUUUUGCCAUUUCAAUCUGUGUAUUCAACUUCUUGAUUGAUGUUUGCGAAAACCCAUUAAGCUCUGCGUUGUUUUUCUAUAGAUUUUCUUGUUCUAUUGGUAAUUUCUACUUGUGAUACACGUCAUAGACUGGUCAGUUCCUUCAGGUUCACAUCCUUGAUUUUUUUGCUUUGUUGAAUGUUACUAUUACCUUUCACUUCAUGAGUAUACAUUGCUUCUCUUGUUAGUGUAUUUUGAUUUAAUGGUCUUUGAAUUCUCAGUACCCGCACAUUAGUUUGGUUCCUUCGUCUCCAUAUUCAUAUUCCUUCUCUUUUGUAUCUUCUUGAUUGAUUCUGUUGAAAACCCAGAAACCUCUGCAUAGUUUUUCUCUGAUUUUUCUGUUCUAUUUGGUAAUUUCUUUUUGUUCUGCUUUUAUUAUACCCAAAAUUGUCUAUACCUUUCUUUGCAACCUUCACAAUGGAAUUCUUGGUUGAUUCUGUAAAAAAACCCUUAAACCUCUGCAUAGUUCAUCUCUGAAUUUUUUGUUCUAUUGGGAGUUUCUUCUUGUUCUGCAUUUAUUUGCAAUGAAAGGCACUGAAACCAGAAGCUUUUCCGAGCUAAUUUCGGAGCUACAAGCCUCGGCAGAAGAGGUGGCAUCACUUGCAAGAAACUCUGAAUAUGAAACAGAUAUCUUCACAGAAUUUGCAAUUCUUAUCGAUAAGCUUAUGCUGGUCCUUGUAGACAUUAAAGACAAUGAAAAAGUCAUGGACAACUCUCCAAUUCGAAAAGCUGCUGAAUCCUUUGAAUUAGAGCUUAGGCGUGCUAAGGCUUUGAUAAAUAACACCAAUUCAACAUCACUCAUUAAACAAAUUGAGGACGUGACUCAGGAUCUUGGUAGAACUUUAGGGCUCAUACAGUUUGCAAGCCUAGAAGGGUCAACUGGUGUUAAAGAGAAGAUUGGGGCACUGCGGAAAGAAUUGAUGAAUGUAAGGUUUGAUGUGUGUGUAAGCCCCAGUUCAGAAUUGAUGACUGUAAGGUUUGACGCAAGUUUAAGUCCUAGUUCAGCACCUACUCCCAAUCCGAGUAGAGAAUCGGGAUUUGGUAGUGAGUUGGAAUCGGAUAAAGAAAUCGAGGAAGAAAGGGUUAGUCUUAGCCUUGAGGAUGUUGUGUUGCAGCUUAAGUAUGGCAAUGAUGAAGAUUUCAGGCUCGCACUUGUGGGAUUAAGUGAUUUUGUUGAGGAUAGAGUGGUAGACAAUGAAUGGAUAAGUGAUGAAGGAGUUAUUCCAAUUUUGUUUAACCGGUUAGGUUCAAGCAAGUGUAAUUAUCGGUUGACCAUAAUUCAGAUACUGAGAGUCCUUGCUUCGAAGAAUGCUGAAAACAAGGAGAAAAUGGCGGAUAAUGCAUUCUUGUCCAUGUUGGUGAAAUCUUUGGCACGGGAUGUGGAGGAGAGGAGGGAAGCUGUUGGACUAUUGCUGGAUCUUUCAGAUAUUCCUGUAAUUAGGAGGCGGAGCGGCAGAAUCCAAGGGUGUAUUGUUAUGUUAGUCGCGAUUCUUAAUGGGCAUGAUUCAGUUGCAUCCGACGAUGCAGGGAAGUUAUUGAAAGCAUUGUCAAGUAACACCCAAAAUGCACUUCAUAUGGCAGAAGCUGGUUACUUUAAACCACUGGUGCAGUGCCUAAGAGAAGGAUCUGACAUGACUAAGAUACUCAUGGCGACAUCACUUUCAAGGAUGGGGCUAACAGAUCAAAGAAGAGCAUCACUCGGUGAAGACGGAGCCAUUGACCCACUAGUGAAAAUGUUCAUUGCCGGAAAGCUGGAAGCCAAGCUAUCUGCUUUAAAUGCAUUGCAAAAUCUAUCAAGGUUGACUGAUAACUUCCAACCUUUGAUCAAUUCAGGCAUUAUUGCACAUCUACUUCAGCUUCUCUUCUCUGUCACAUCCGUGCUGAUGACUCUUCGGGAGCCAGCAUCAGCAAUUCUUGCGAGGAUUGCUCGGUCUGAAUCCAUUCUUUUUAAUGAAGACGUGGCUCAGCAGAUGCUCUCACUUCUUAAUCUGUCUAGUCCAGUAAUUCAGAAUCACCUCUUAGAAGCACUCAACAGCAUUGCUGCUCAUUCUAGCGCUUCCAAAGUAAGGAGAAAGAUCAAAGAAAAUGGGGCAAUACAACUUCUCCUACCCUUCCUCAUUGAAGGUAACGUCAAAAACAGGACGAGUGCCUUAAAUUUACUGUACACUCUCUCUAAAGAUUCACCAGAAGAUUUCACAGAACAGCUUGGAGAAACUCAUCUUAAUACUAUUGUGCAUAUCAUCUCUUCAUCAACAUUCGAGACUGAAAAGGCUGCUGCGGUUGGCAUACUGAGCAAUCUUCCUAUUGGUGAUAAGAAAGCAACAGAUGCAUUGAAAAGGGAAAAUUUGCUGCCAAUUCUUAUCUCAAUAAUGAAUUCAAGCACUGCAACAGCAACGACCACAAUGUGCCUGUUACAAGAGAAUGUUGCUGGUCUUCUAACUCGGUUCACAGAUUCGUCUGAUAAGAAACUACAGCUCCUUUCAGUUGAACUUGGGGUGAUCCCUUUACUGGUUAAAUUGCUGUCAAUUGGUUCAGUUGUCACUAAAUGCAGAGCUGCAACCUCACUAGCACAGCUAUCACAGAAUUCACUCUCUCUAAGAAAGGUCAGAAAGUCAAGCUGGUUGUGUGUCCCUCCUGCGGAUUCAUUUUGUGAAGUUCAUGAUGGUUACUGUUAUGUGAAAAGCACAUUUUGUCUGGUCAAGGCUGGUGCUAUUUCUCCCUUAAUCAAAGCAUUGGAAGGUCAAGAGAGAGAUGUCGACGAAGCAGUUCUCAGUGCACUCGCAACCCUAUUGCAACCCGAGCUUUGGGAAAAUGGAAGCAACUACAUCGCUAAAAUGUCUGGCGUUGAGGCCCUUAUAAGAGUUCUAGAAUCAGGAAACGUUACGGUGCAAGAGAAAGCAGUAUGGAUGUUAGAGAGAAUCUUUAGAAUUGAGGAACACAGAGCACAAUAUGGAAAUUCAGCUGAAGUUGUGCUCAUUGAUCUAGCACAGAAUGGAGAUCCAAGAUUGAAACCAAAAGUCGCGAAGCUCUUGGCUCAGCUAGAGCUCUUGCAGGUCCAAUCUAGUUACUUUUGAAACCAUGUACACAUUGUAUGCAACAAGAACAAAUGGGUGCGAGUUCUUUUACGCAAUCAUAUACAUUUUUUCCCUGUCAUGUCUCUGUUCACAUUGCUCUCAGUUUACCAUUUUUUUUUUAUAGAAAAUGAAAAGAAUCCAACA